UAUUAAUUUAGAAAAAUAUAUUUCAACCCGCCUUGCACCCGUAUAACCUAAAACCAGCCCGCCCCGCUCCACGUAACUUUGUUUUGUUUAAAUCCGCAUAGAUUCGCAAUUUGCCCCACCUUGCAUUAAUUUAGAAAAAUAUAUUUCAACCCGCCUCGCAUAUGCAUAACCUAAAACCCGCUCCGCAUAGCUUAAAAUUCGCCCCGCCCCACCUCGUUGCCAUCCUUAUGUGCAGUGCAGGAGACGUGUAGGGUUCUGAUUCAGGGUGAUCAGUUAUUUUUUUCAACUUCUGGUAUCCGUUCACCGGAGAAAAGAAAAUGGCACGAGUAAGCCCCAAUUGCAUAUUCGGAUGUGCGGGUCUAGUGGUUUCUCUGGCAUUCAUAGGGUUCUCAGUUUGGUUACAUUUCAGCGACAUCCCUACUCUCUGUGUCAAAGUGUUGGAGAAGCCUUCGUUGAUACUGGGAUUGAUUGUACUGAUUUCUUUGGGUUUUGGAUUGAUUGUGGCCUUCUAUCCAGUCAAAUUUAUCUUCUGGAUAUCUAAGAUCUCGUAUUGUUUGAUCCUUUUGGGACUCCUCUAUUUUGCGGUGUUCUCAAUUUUGGUCACCAAUAGAAAUGUGAGCAGGGCUUUAUUUGGGAGAGAUGGAAAUUACUCGGAUUACUUGUUGGAGAAGUAUGUGAUGAAUGCAGAGCAGAUUAAGAGUUGUUGGGUUGAUUUCCAAGUUUGUCCGAAUAUACCUACGGGCAAAGGGGCUGAAUUUUACAAAUAUAGCCUCUCUCCUGCUCAGUUGAGUUGUUGCAUUUUACCUGCUCAGUGCACCUUGGUGCUUCAAAAUGAUACUUACUGGAUCAUGCCCAAAGCAGGGCCAGCAGUAGCAAAUAAUGACGGCAAGAACUGGAGUGCCGUAGAGAGCGAGCUUUGCUUCAACUGUCAAUCAUGCAAGACAGCAUCCUAUAAUAUCAUCAAGAAACAUUGGAAGAUCACAUCAUUCAUCACUCUUUUCAUAGUCUUUGUUUGUUGUGUUGACUUCUGUGCUCUCAAAAUCAAGAACAGGUCAAAGGGACCCCAAAGGAACAAAGUAUACCCUGUUUGAGCCCUA